GAUGUUCUAGCCUUUGUGAGCGUCUUCCUCUGCCUUUCGUCAAUGGAAUCAUUAUAUCAAAAAGCGAACAAGUAAACAACAAAACUAAUUUCGUAUUUCGUUUUCUUCUUGCGACCUCAGAUUUUUGUUUGUGUUUGCAGAUUGUUGAUGGAAGUUGAGAGUCACAUAUAAUCUCUAGGGCACUCGUAUUCGCCUCAACUUGAGCAGGAAAUUGAGGGUAAAUUAGAGGAGUUGUUCUCUGAUAUUCAGAGGUUGGAGCAGAUGGUCACUAAAGAACCACCUUCCAGGAAGCAGAGCGCCAAACUACGAGUUGAACAAUUGUCAUAUGAUUGUCAGCAUCUACAUAGUACUCUUAGGACGUUCCAACAGAAACAGCGGCUCAAGGAAAAGGAAGAGCACGGUAGGAAUGAAUUGUUGUCAAGGAGAUUUACAGCAAAUGAGACACCAAUAGCUAAGUCUGACUCUCGAUCAUGUGUGACAGACAGCUGUUGGAAUGUUAAUUCUUAGUGCAUUGGGCUGAUAUGUAAAGCAGCUGUAUUAACAGACAGACGGACAGAUAGACAACACACACACACACACACACACACACAGACGGACGGAUGGAGACAGGCAGACAGAUGUGCAGACAGACAACAGACAGACAGACGGACAUACAUAUUUACAGACAGACAUCGAGCAGUUGUGAUUGUGGCAAGGAACUGGACAUCCAAGGUUACCAUCUAAUCACUUGUAAGACUGGGGGUGGUCCAGUGCACACUCACAACUCAAUUGUGUCAGCAUGGUCUAACUGCCUUUCUCAACUCAACUUGUUGCACAAACUAGAGCCACAAUACCGGUAUGUCAACAGUGACAAGAGGUCGGACGUCCUCGUUUAUGACCCAGAUUCAGGUGCAGACAUUGAAUUAGAUAUGUCGUUGGCUCAUCCAUGGUGUUUGGACUCAGUGAAGGCAGCCUCCAGAGAAGGAGUAGCAGCAAUGAAACGGGAGGAGAAGAAAGAGGCAAAAUAUAAUUCUGAGCUACUGCCAGAAGGGUCAUGCCCAUUGGUCAUUCCUCUUGUUUUCCAACAUUUUGGCUGUUGGGGUGAACAAGCUGGCAAAGAGUGCAAGAGAUGAUGAAGGAAAACGAAAUGAGACCGACUUCAAGAACAAGUGGUGAUCAAUCAUUUCAGUAACACUACAACAUUGCAAUGCAAAAGUCGUCUCAGACAAACUCAUUAGCAUAUCGAGAUUAGAAUGUUGAAAUGUAUUGUGCUCAGUGUAGUUUGUAUGCUUCAGGACAGUAAUGGUCUUGUUGUGUUAGUGUUAGAUUGCUCAUGAUGUAAACGUUUGAUUUAAAUGAAAAAUAUAUGUAUGGAGA